CUGUAUAUAUUUGUUGCAACAUAACCUCUUAAUUGAAAAGGGCCACGGUACUCUGCGGCACUCUCAAUAAAGAUAUACGAUAAGUUUAUAUUGAAUUAAAUAGAAAUGUGGAUAUAAUUGGAUAACAUUUUACAGUUAAAACAUUAUUAUUGAUCAUUAAUUAAGAAUGCUGCACAAUACGGCAACUUUAUCACAUCAAGAUAUUCUAGCCGAGGUUAGAAAAUUUAUUUCUGGUGCUGUCAGGCCUAUUCACAGUACAAACACGCAAGAUAUAACGCGUACGGCGUUAUAUUUACUACAAAAUGUACCUGCGGCAAGAGAUGCCGUGCUCGAAUACUUUUGCAAUAUAUUUUUCGUCGCAGUGACAAAAUAUGUUCGUCAAAUUGAGACUAAUCAAAAUAUACCAAUACCCGAAGAAAGCAUUAUAGCAGAAAUUCAUAUCGUUCUAAGUAAUUUUAUAAAUGGAAGUCCAGAAGCAUGGGCACCUAUUAUAUCAGCGUGGUCAUUGGAUUUACUUGGCAAACUGUCAACUGAUUAUUCAAAACGUGGUAAUUUACCUGUCAACGCUGGCAUUAAUGAUUUUCUGCAACAAUGGAUGUCAUGUCGUGCGACGCGAACUCUAAUAGACAUCACAGCACAAUGUUUACAAUGUCUUAUGCACUCAGAUACCGAGUCUUGCAUCAAGGCGUUGUUGGAUACAAGUGUGCUGCACAGUCCAUAUUUUGAUUGGGUGGUGGCUCAUGUAGGAAGUUGUUUUCCAAAUACUGUGAUUACUAGGGUGCUAUCGUGUGGACUGAAAGAUUUUUGCUCCAUGGGAUAUGAAUAUAAUGUUAAGAAUCCAAAGCUAAAUUCAGUUGUUGGUAUAUUGGGACAUUUGGCGGGUAGUCAUUUUCAAGAUAUUAGAAAAGCAUUGCUAGAUCUGUUCGAGUGGAGUUUGGAGGAAAAUAUAAGUAUCGAUGAAGAUACGAAGAAGCAGAAAUUGGCCACAGUACCGUUUCUUUUGAAUCUGACCUCUCUUUCGCAGACACUUUUAAAAGCAAUGACUAGUGAUGUAUUGCAAACGUUGAGGCCGGACAUCAUACCACGUUUGGCAUUGUUUACAACAGACUGGUGUAAAUACUUUGACAAUCAACCAGCAGCCUUAAUGGACUUGACAGUACAUUUGAUAUUAGGCUGCGAGCAAGGAGCAUCGCAGAUAAUUAAUAUAUUGCUAGACACGUGUUUAAAUCCGAGCAAUGUUGGUUAUCACAGCAUUAACGCGGCGCAAAAUGUGAAGAACGUUUGUCGAGAGAUGCUGGAAUUGAUCUUGCAAGAAAUCGAUCUCUUAUUGAGGACGCACGGGCCGCAAUCCGCCAAUAUCGCUCUGUUGAGUUCCAUCAAACAAGAGAUAUCAUUGAUAAUACCGAUGCUUUUACAUCCCAAUCCGCUGCGUGUGCAAACAGCUGUUAGACUGUUAUGCUUCCUAAGAAGUCAAAGUCCAAACAUAAUUAUGUUCGCGGCAUCCUAUAUGCUAGCGAAAGCGAAAACAAUGUUUCAUCUCGCAGCCUUGAUACGUUUUAUCACCAAUAACGUUAUAAUGUUUCCUGCGACUAAAUCUGAAGCCGAAAAUAUGCAUACUAAUCAUGAUAAUUUUACACAAAUUUUGGAGCAGGCACUUAGAGAGAUACACUAUAAAAACAUCGUAAAUAAGGAAGAAUCGAAGCAGUUAUUCAAGAAUCUCACUAUACUGUUAAAGUGGGAAAAGUCGAACAAGGCUACAAUAUUACAGUCGAAGAUGAUUACGAGAGCCCUCAGAUCUAAUUUAUAUCAAAUAUCUUCUUUAUUAACGAAAACCGAUGAUUUCGACUUGGCAACUGAUAUCAUUACUCUGUUGGAUCUGUUAAGCACAUCUGACAAAGAUCAUAUUUUCUAUGUGGAUCUGAUGCUGAAAAUGACGAUAGCAAUCAUCCAAUACUUCUUCUUAUGCAUUACACAAACUGAUAUUAUAAAAAAAGAACAAGGAGUAACGAUGGUAUGUCACUUGUUGAAAAAUUUGACAUGUUAUUCCCCAUGUGCACGCGCUUUGGCGCUCAGAGAGAUACUAGGGAAUUGUAUUAAUAACGAGCAGGCUAAAUACUUUGGCGCAAAAAAGAAAUUCGUGCCCCAUUUCGAAGAGAUGUUACUGUUACAUCAAAAUCAUAAACAGGUAACAAGUACGAUGUUGGCACAGCGACAUUCGUCGGUAUUUCAUGCCGGGAUAAUAGGACACGGUCCACGAAGGCCUCUGCCGGAAAAUUCGUUUAAUAAGGAAAUUAUCACUUUAAACAAGAUGUUAUUGAUGGAUGUUAUAAAAGCUUGUUGCAGCAAUCUGGACUCGGAACGAUAUCCCGUCAAUUUGGAUGCUCUGACAGUAAUGAGUUUGUUGUUAGUUGAAUUAGUCUCCCCUGAUGUGAUGUACAAUGGCCUUCCGUGGCCUGAUGAGGAAUUUACAAAGGUCACAAUAGAGAGAGAUUUGAAAAUCCGUCGCAAAUUUAAAGACGUACCUUUGUUGUGGACAUUAUUAGAGUUGACCGCCUGGUACAGGCCAGCGUUAGCGUAUUGCUCCGUCUUGCUGAGGGGUAUUACUGCGACUGUUAUAGCUAACUGGAGUACAGAGGAAGGCGUAUCGCUUGUCAACGUUAUGGCGCUUGGCCAGUUGUUACCACCGCCGCUGGCUAGUAUCAGAGACAUCCUUCCUGUUUUACAGCCACAUCAGAUAAAUACAAUAAUGAGGGAAUGCGUAUGGGCGUACAUGCGUGAUAAUGUGCCAUCUCCAGCGUUGUUCACGCGGAACGAAGGCGCUAAUAUAGCUUGGAGAGACACCGACACAUCAUCGCCUAAUGCACGCUUUACGGACACUCUUCGUUUAGUAUUAUUGGCAAACAUUCACACAUUAGGAUCUUUAUACUCGACAUUGUUUUACAAUGAAAAUAAAUAACAAUGCAGAAUACAUUUCGGAUAACAUUUGAAUCGAUAUUAACUGUAUACGAUUUGUAAAUAAUCAAACUUUGACAGUGAUGAAAUCAAAUAAUAUAAUUUGAAAGAAUAUUAUAGCCUCUUUUUAAGUAUUUAUAUGUACAUUUAUAAAUUUUUCAAAUUAUAUACAUAAAAUCUGUCUGUGUGUGUUUGACUUACAUAUAUACAUUAUUACACAUUUCAUGUUUUAUGUUUAAGUUGUAACAAUUUUCGAACCUGAAGUUAAUUCGAACAUACUUUCACUUGUAAAUGAUUUGACCAAACUGUCCAAACUCAACCGUGGGAAUUUUUAUUUAGAAUCAAAAUGAUGCGUGCAUUAACUGAUAUAAAAAUCUAAUUUAUGAGAGAAACGAUCUGUACUAUUUUGUAACAUACGUUCCAGGAUUAUGAAUAUUGAGAUUAAAUAUUUUCGCAGGUUUCAUGUAUUGAACACCAUUAACAGUAAGUACAUUUGGACAUUUAGCGUUUUCUCUCUGUUACAUUGAUAUUCUAUAACAAUAGUUAUAUCUCAUGUAUAUCUUAUAACAAUCCUACGUAUAAAGUAGAAAAUGACAAUCACACUGUAUAAAAUAGGAAUGAUCUUUACUCGAGUUUCCUUGUAUACAAUUAUUUUGCUUGAAAUAUGUAACAUAUUACAUACGCAUGGAUUCUUAAUAAUGAUAUAAUGAAUAAUUAUAAUUCUCAACUAACUGUUUUCUGCUUAUGGAUAUAGAAAUUUGUUCUAAGACUCUUGCAGUAUCACUCAAUGAUUUUGAGAUGAGAUUAUGUAUAGUACAGUAACAAAAUGUGAUGAAGCCUUCGGGGGAAAAAAUGAACCAAGGAAGACGAAAAAAAAUGUUUUAAUAUUUAUAAAAGUUUAUUCUCUCUAGCUUUCGUGUGUAUGAGUGUGUGUGUGAAAUAUAUAUAUAUGUACUUAGAAGAGACAAUUAGCUUUUAUAAAUGUUAAAACAAAAUAUAUAUAUAUAUAUGUACAUACAUAUAUAUAUACAUAUACAUACACACACGUACACACAUAUAUAUAAAAAUCGCACAUAUUUAACUUACCAUCGAUAUUUGAGCCUUUCAUUUUCUUUUUUGAAAAAGUAUCACGGAUGCUGUUAUCUUUCGCGCAGAGUAACAAUAAUAUACCGACGGUAUAAGUUAAAUAUGCGCGACUUGGUAUAUAACGCGGAAAAUCUUCAGCUGCGUGCCUUUU